CUGUCAGGUGCGUGGGAGAUGUGGAGCAGGAGCACAUGACCCAGGCGAGGGUAGCAGGCACUUAAGGACUAAUCCUGACGCAUGGCCUGCUCCGUCCCGGGACCUAGUCCUCGCCCUCGCCCCCGACCCCACCCUCGCCCAGGCCCUGGCCGCUCCUUGGACCGUAACACGGGACUGGAUCUAGAACCAAGACUCGGUGUGAGUGCCAGCAACUGCGUUCGGACUGCGUCUCGGGUGCCCCCUGUGCGCCGCUGCCAGCGGACUCCUCUUCCACGCAGCCCUUCGCAGCCUCUGCCGCCUGUGCGUCCACGAAGCCCCACACCCCGAGUGGGGCGCCGCUCAGCACGCCGAAAGCCCCGCCAACAGCGCCAGGGGUCUGCACAAUGCAUGGCGCAGGCGAGGUCAGUUGCCCUGGGCAACCGCAAGACGCCUGGCCGCUCUGCCCGCCGCUCUGCCGCAGCAGCACGCGCUUCAGGGCGGGUCCCAGGGGCUGGGGGCCAAAGAAACCAGCUACGAGAGGCAAGCAUGGAGAACAGCGAGCGGAAGAAGCCGUCUUCCACUUUGUCCGAUGGAGAUCACAGAGAAGAGAAUAAGCUAAAACAAGGAAUUCCCCAAGAUUUGUCUUCUUCCCCCAAAUUAGACAGAUACAAAAUAGCAAGACAGUUAACAGAAAAAGCCAUCAAGGAGAAGAAGAUUUUCUCCAUCUACGGACACUACCCUGUCAUCCGAGCCACCUUGCGAAGAAAGGGCUGGGUGGAGAAGAAGUUCAAUUUCUUUCCCAGAGCUCUUCAGAAUGUUGGAAGUGAAGAUAAAAGUGCUGAGAUCAAAGAAAAUCAAGAAAUAGCCUUGGAGAGGUUCGAUGAUAUCCACGAUGUGAUGUCCAGGUUGGUAAAGAACGAGAUACCAUACCUCCUCUGGACUAUCAAGAGGGAUGUUGUGGACUACCAUAGCCUGACCUGUGACCAGAUGCUCAAUCACUAUGGGAAGACAGCAUCCUUCACGACCAAGAUUGGACUCUGCUUGAACAUGAGGAGUCUGCCUUGGUACGUCCAAGCCAACCCGAAUACCUUCUUCCCACGUUGCUAUGGCCUUUGCACUGAGAGCGAGAAGCAGGAAUUCUUGGAUGAUUUCCGGCGCACAAUGGCUGCCAGCAUCCUCAAGUGGGUAGUCCAGCACCAGAAUUACUGCAACAAAGUCAAGGGCAAGAGUAAGAAGGAAGAGGCCAAGAAUGGAGACCCCAGCCCCAAGAAAGAUCCUGAAAAUCCUGACCUCAAGCUACCAAGCCUCUCAGGACAGGUUGUAGACACAGCAUGCAAGGUGUGCCAGGCCUACCUGGGACAACUAGAGCAUGAAGACAUCGACGUAUUGGAGGCUAGCACUGAGGCCUUGUCUGAGGAGGAAUGGAAUGACCUGACACAGCAGUACUACCUACUGGUUCAUGGCAAUGCUUCCAUCAUUGAUUCGAAAAGUUACUUUGCACAGUGCCAAGCUCUGCUGAAUAAGAUCAGUUCUGUGAACCCUCAGACAGAGAUUGAUGGAAUACGGAACAUCUGGAUCAUAAAGCCCGCAGCCAAGUCCCGGGGUCGAGAUAUUGUGUGCAUGGACCGUGUGGAGAACAUCCUGGAUCUGGUGGCCACAGACAGCCAGACCGCAAAGGACAACAAAUGGGUGGUCCAGAAGUACAUCGAGACUCCGAUGCUCAUCUAUGACACCAAGUUUGACAUCAGACAGUGGUUCCUCGUCACAGACUGGAAUCCCUUAACCAUCUGGUUCUACAAAGAGAGCUACCUCCGCUUCUCCACACAGCGCUUCUCCCUGGACAAGCUGGACAGUGCCAUCCACCUGUGUAACAACUCCAUCCAGAGACGUCUCAAAAAUGAUAAAGAGCGCAGUCCGCUGCUACCUUGUCAUAACAUGUGGACCAGCACCCGCUUCCAGGAGUACCUGCAGAAGAGGGGCCGAGGAGGAACAUGGGGUAGCAUCAUCUAUCCAUCCAUGAAAAGAGCUGUCACCAACGCCAUGAGGGUGGCCCAGGACCACGUAGAAGCCCGUAAGAACAGCUUCGAGCUCUAUGGAGCCGACUUCAUCCUUGGGCGAGACUUCAAGCCCUGGCUCAUCGAGAUCAACUCCAGCCCCACCAUGCACCCCUCCACUCCUGUCACGGCUCAGCUCUGCGCCCAGGUGCAGGAGGACACCAUCAAGGUGGUGGUGGACCGCAAACUGGACCGAAACUGUGACAUCGGCAACUUUGAGCUUCUGUGGAGGCAGCCUGCCGUGGAGCUGCCACCGUUCAAUGGGUCUGACCUUUGUGUGGAAGGUAUCAGCGUGAAGAAAGCCAAGAAGCAAAUGCCGCCCAUCGCCACCCUCGGCUUCUCAGAAUCACUCUUAGAUGCUCCACCCAAAGUGCGGAGUGCCCGGGCCCUGCCAGAUACAGUGAUGGGGCCCUCCAGAAUGACCAUGCGACAGGACUGGAGACGUGAAGAAGCAAAGGUACUUUCAACCACCUGGCCGGUGCCAGUAAUGGCUGCUGAGGUCAGAGGUCAAGCAAAGCCCACCUAUGCAUUCGAGGUCGAUAACUACCAACCUGUAGACAGUAAGUCCCCUAGGGGUACUUAUACCAGAGUCCAAUCCAGUAAAUACCCAGAGGUAAACUUAAUAAGUGCACAGCACCCUGCCCUGUUGCUGCAGAAUAUGAAAACCACAGAGAUGACCCAGUCUUCAUCACCCACAGCAUCAGGUAUCCAUAGGGAGUCUUCGAUUUUUUCUCCCAGUGUAUUUGAGGAACUCUGGCUCCACCCCAAUUCUCAAAGAAGACCUUCAAGCUGCAUUCUCCAAAACAGGGCACAGGGUUGGAUCAGGACUAUCCCCUGAAAGGAUCUCACAAGCAAAGGGGUAUGGGGGCAACACUGGCCCUGACCUCGCCAGACGUUAGGGUCUGUGGUGUAAUGUUGGCCAAGGUGAACAGUAUACUUGGGUGUUGCAAUAGUCCCGAUGGGGUUUUCUCAGUACUACUUGUUUCCUGUUAAGAUAGAGCAGGGAGCCAGGGAUGCUCAAACAACAUCAAGUGCCAUGGAUAUGCAAGGUGGAGGAGUUGCUGAGCUCUUGGAACACCCUUCCCUGAAAAUUGAGAUGGCGCUGACGCAUCUUCGAUACAGAGUGAAAUAGCUGAGCUGUGUUUACACUCAGGACUUCAUAGGGCACCUGUUAAUUAGCAUUGGUUCAUAGAGUAUAGGCUCAGGCCCCCACCUUUCUCUGCUAAAAGAUGCUUGUGCCCCCGUGCUGUAUCCUACCUAGUUAGUCUAUCUCUCUUACUGCCUCCCCCUACGUGGUCCUGUCUACAGCUCUCUUGCCUGCUUGUUGUCUGUGCCCCUGGAUGGGAAGGUCUGGAGCAGGGUCUCUCACCGCCACCUUUGCAAGGAUGGCAUGUGAUGUGUGUCAGGUGGACACAGGUGUGUGUUGCCUCUCCAGGUUGAGUGGAGCAUCGACUCAACCUCCAUACCUAUGCUUAAGCCAUCCUGCAAGAGUAACUGCGAAUGUGUCUCUAGGAACCCAGGGGCUGCAUACCUACAGAGCUCUUCCUGCUGGGAAAUGUCAGCAGAAGCAACAACUCUAGCUAACAAGUUGUAGGAGUGUCUGUAACAAUGUAACAAUAAGCCACACACAGGUAACUAAAAAGGGAAGUUUAACUCUGAUAGCCAGGUCAACAAGACCUCUCCUACAGUUCCUGGUGUCCACCAGUGAUCUCUGAUGCCUGGUGACUUGCUUCACUCCUGGGUCCAUCUUCACGCAGGGCUUCACGCCUUUCAUGGGUCUGUUUAGAGCUCCCUCCCAUAAGACAGCAAUCUUUGUGUUAGAUUCCUGCCUGCAUUUUAGUAUAACCUCAUUCAGGGAUAACCUUAGCAAUGACUCUAUUUCCAAAAAGGGAACGUUUCAGGUGGACAUAAAUUUGGGAGGAUGCUUCACCGUGUUUCACUCCCACUGCAGGUAUAGAUUGUACAGAUUUGUACUCUGGCCAGCACCCAACAGGCAGCUGUUGCCCCCAACACUGCUAUUCUUGCCUCUUGUGAAGUAUUAGUAAGCUUCUUGCAUAUUUCCCCUCGACGGUGAAAGGAAAAUUAUCUAUUGUCACAUAUUUAGCAACUACUAGAAAGUAGGUUUAGAAAGUUCUGGCUUGCAUCUUUGGUCAACUGUCCAAAGGACCCUGAGUCCCACUUUGCUCUUACCUGUCAUAGUUUCUGUUAGAGACUGCCCCCUCCUCACACUGCCCCUCUUCUGUUACUUUUUUGUUGCAAAAAUUGCUAUAAAUGGUCUUUUCACUUCUUCCUGGUGUUUUUACUUUUUAUGUAAAACCAUCUUAACCUCAAUACAAUCAAUUUAACCAA